AUGCAUAUGGAUCACCUAGCUGCGCUUGAUGGUGGGGCUUUUACUCUGCUCACCAUCCAGUGUAACCUCUUUGUUGGGACAGUAGCCCCGCUUGCUAUAAAUCGCCCAGAGCUUCAGUCAAUCCUCCAGUUUGGUAUGGACUUCGACAUUUCGGCACAGUUUAUGUUGACCGAAGUCAAUCAUGGAUUAGAUGCGCGAAACAUACAGACAACUGCUACGAUUCUAUCUAAUGGUGAUAUUGACCUCCACACCCCGUCUCCAAAUGAUGCAAAGUAA